AUGGGAGAUGGGAGAUGGGAGAAUAGGGAGAAUAGGGAGAAUAGGGAGAAUAGGGAGAAUAGGGAGAAUAGGGAGAAUAGGGAGAAUAGGGAGAAUAGGGAGAAUAGGGAGAAUAGGGAGAAUAGGGAGAAUAGGGAGAAUAGGGAGAAUAGGGAGAAUAGGGAGAAUAGGGAGAAUAGGGAGAAUAGGGAUGAGAGUGAGGAUAAAUGA